AUGAAAAAGUAUUUGUAAUGUGAUAGUAAAUUUUGGUCAAUAACCAUUGAAGAAAAUGAUGAAACUAAGUUAUCCAUCAGAUAUGGCAAUUUGUGUGAUUAUGAAGAAUUGAAUGUUAAGAAAGUGGAAAAGCAAUUCCCAUCAAAAGAAGAAUGUUAGAAAUAUUAUGAUGAAUCAUCCAAGAUGAAACAAGAUAAGGGAUAUUAAGAAGUGGUGCCAGGUCAAUAAAUCUAAUAAUAAAUACAAAAAAAUGAUUCACCCAUUUAAAAUCGUCCUGCAUAAAUAAAGUAGCAAUAAAAACAAAGCAAUGCCCUUAAAAGGAAUGGAUCAUUAAAGCCAGAUACUAUAGCUGCAAUAACUGAUGACGCUUUGAAUGGAAGAUAAUAAGCAAUCAAAGGUCCAGCUGUUGAUUUGGGAAAAGGUACAAUACCAUUGGGGAAAGUGAUGUUAGCAUAAACAUGGAAUGAAGAUAUUGAUCCAAAAGGAUACUAUUUAAGUGAGAAAUUGGAUGGUAUGAGAAUGAUUUGGACUGGUUCGAAAAUGUAUUCAAGAAAUGGUAAUCCCAUACAAUUUCCUGACUUUUUUGUAUAAGGAUGGCCCAAAUCUUAUUUGGAUGGAGAAUUGUGGUUAGAGAGGGAUCAAUUUUCGAAAUUGGUUUCAAUUACCAAAAGAUAAGUUCCAGUCGAGGAUGAUUGGAGAAAGGUGAAAUACAUGGUUUUUGACGCUCCAGGGUUGAAAUUACCUUUCAAAGAUAGAUACUUGAGAUUUAAGUAGGCAUGUGAAUAAGGAAAUUAAUACAUAGUAUAUGUGCCUCAUAUAGUUUGCAAAGGGUAUGAUCAUUUGAUAGAUGAAUUGGAAGCUGUUUAGGAUUUGGAAGGAGAAGGGUUGAUGUUAAGAGAUCCUGACAGUACUUAUGAAUAGAGAAGAUCAGAUAAAUUGUUGAAGGUGAAAACAUUUAUGGAUGAUGAGGCUACUGUAUUGGCUCAUGAAGAAGGAACAGGCAGAUGUUAAGGAAUGCUUGGAUCUUUGAAGGUUAAAAAUACGAGUGGAAUAGUGUUCAAUAUAGGAUCAGGUCUCACUGAUGAUAUCAGAUAAAAACCACCGAAGAUUGGUUCCAGGAUCACCUAUAAGUAUUAUGGAGUGUCCAAAAAUAAUGUGCCCAGAUUUCCAAUUUACUUGAGAGAGAGACCAAAGGAAUGA